AUGGCAUCGCCCUUCAACUUUGGCGCGUCAGCGUCCUCAAGUGGUGCCUCCGCUCCGUCGUUGUUUGGAACAAGCAAACCAUCAGGUGCUGGCGGCAGUUUGUUUGGGAAUACUGGUACUUCUGCCCCUGCGACUGGCAGUACAACUGGGUUCAGCUUUGGUGCGCCGCAACAACCCUCAUCAACAGAAAACAAGCCUGCAUCUCCUAGCAUCUUUGGGAGUACAGACACUGCGAGUGCUGGAGGCUUCAAAUUUGGCCAAAGCAAGCCGGACGAGAACAAGAGCGGCGACGCCCCCAAAUCUCUCUUCGCUGGUUUUGGUACUCCAGACAAGUCCUCCACGCCCACAACCUCUGCACCCUCAUUAUUUGGCUCAACAACUCCUGCUACGUCCUCGGCCGGUGGUCUGUUCAGUUUUGGCAACCCUUCGACCACUCCUGCUGGCCCUCCACCAUCCACCACUGCAUUCGGGGCAAGUACUGGUGGUGCUGGCUUAUUCGCGCCCAAACCUGCACAAGAGUCAAGCCAGAGCCCCUCCUUCAGCUUUGGGAAACCUCCUGCCACGGAUGCACCAUCAAAAGCACCUGCGCAGCCCGCUGGGAUAUUUGGAUCUAAGCCUGCUGGAAGUCCCUUCAGUUUCGGACCGCCAUCCAAACCAUCAGAUAACUCUACCACUUCUGCGGCAAACACUUCAGCCCCACAAUCAAAGCCUACUUUAUCCUUCGGCGGUGCAGCUUCAUCUACUGCCUCAUCCUCCACCCCACUUGCCCCAGCUGCAUCUCAGCCUACAUCUUCAACACCACUGUUCGGUGCGCAGCCGCCUGCACAAAAUGGAUCAGGACUGUCUUCGAAGCCAUCGGCGCCGGAAAUCGGUGGAGCCACCAAGCCUUCUCCAUUCGCACCUACCCCUACACAGACAUCUGGGGCAACGGCGCCUGCAGCGUCAGGUACUGGCCAGAAACCUCUUUUUGGAGGGUUUAAUCUAGGUGGAACUGGUUCAAACCCUGCUGCCACUACCACUGCCCCGACCACCACUACCACAUCAAGUGCAAGUCCUUUUUCGUUCCCAGCUACUGCAGCACCCUCAAGUUCUCAGCCAGCAUCCCAAGCUCCGGCAACAGGUGGCUUCAGCUUUGGUCCCAAGCCGACCGCCUCCACCUCACAGCCAGCAGCAUCAACUAGUACGUCUGCACCGCUGUUCUCCCUUGGAGCAAAUACAAGCACCUCCACCACACAGCCUGCCACUACUGCUGCAGCAACUGCAUCAACGGCGUCAUCCGCACCUCCUAUAGGCACAGGAGCGAUUGGUGCCCAGACAUCGACUGCAGGACCUGCUCCACCGGCACAGUCUCGUCUCCGCAACAAAACCAUGGACGAAAUCCUGACUCGGUGGGCCACGGAUAUGUCAAGAUACUCCAAGGAGUUCAAAGACCACGCGGAGACUAUCGCUCGCUGGGACCAGAUCAUAGUGGACAAUUCUUCCAAAAUUGACAAGCUGUAUGUGCGUACGCGAACUUGCGAGCGGCAGACUAUGAGCGUUGAUAUGCAACUCUCUGCGAUCGAGAACCAGCAAGCAGAAUUGGAAAGUUGGCUGACCAAGUAUGAAAAUGAUGUCGAUGAGAUUUUGGCCAAGGAGAGUGGGAACCCCAGUGAACUGGGAGGACCUGACCAAGAACGAGAACGAACAUACAAACUAGCGGAGAAACUUGGAGAGCGACUUGAGGAAAUGGAACGUGAUUUAGCAAGCAUGGUGGAAGAGGUGAAUGCGGCGAAUACAAGCUUGAGCAAGAAUGGGAAGGCGGAUGAACCAAUCACGCAAAUUGUGAAGAUCCUCAACUCUCACUUGAUCCAACUCCAGGCCAUUGAUCAGGGUACAGCUGCUCUCCAAGAGAAGGUCGCCGCUGCUCAAAAGUCUGCCAACAGCUUGGGUUACUUGAAUGGGUCAACGGAUGGCAGUGGGGGCGCUGCUGUUCAAGACUUCUAUCGCAGCUACAUGGGACGUCGAUAA